GUCAAAAAAUUGGCAAAAGACAAAACCAAAUUUUUGCAAAGUACGAGAUUCUGCUCUCUCAAUUUUUUCCCAAUUGGCUUCCGCUACAGACUUCAGACUUAAGAAUAAUUCUGGUUCAGCAGACGAUAAAGAUAAAACAUACAAAAAUACAACUGGAAUUUUGAUUUUUUUUUUGUUAAUUUCCAAUUUCUUCUUCAUUCUCCAUUGUCCAUUGAACGAAACCGUUGUGAAUUGUGAUAGUCUUUUGUGUGAGCUUUUUUAUAGAAAAAAAAGGAAAAAGAAGAACAAUUAUCGGUCAAAAAAUUAACAGAAAAAAAGUGAAAGUGCAAUUCUAACGCGUAGUAGUUUUUUUCUUUUUUAUUUGUGCUAUCUGCUAAAACCACAACCACACACAACCCUACCGAAAUGUCUUCACAAAACACUCCAGAAAAGAAUCUCGCCGCUAGACCUCCUUUGUGCCCACGUUCGUCGAGCCACAGUCCAAACCAUCCAGGUGCAAGUCUUCAAUUGCCAAGUCCAAUUAUUACGAAACGAACAAGGACUGCCUCGACGUCCGCUCGGGCAUUAGAAAAUCCAGUUGAGACUGGCAUUGUUAAGUCAUUCAGUCGAUCUAAAGGUCAUGGAUUUCUAACACCUCAUUCCGGAGGAGAAGACAUAUUCGUUCAUAUCUCCGACAUCGAAGGUGAAUAUGUUCCACAACCUGGAGACGAAGUUAAGUAUCGCCUCUGUGCCAUUCCACCGAAAUACGAAAAGCACCAAGCAGUUCAUUGCCAGAUAAUCAAUCUCACACCAGAGGUCCACCACAAGUGGAUAGAGCCUUUCCAAUCUUGUCACGACACCCCCUCCGACAAAUAAAAGACAACACUAUUAUAUUGGACAGCCAUUUAAUUAAAGGAAAAUUUAAAAAAAAAAUGGAAAAAAGAUCCUUAACAGGAUUUCUAAUUAUAUUUUACACAAGAAAAGAAAAACCGAUGCUUAUGAGAUAAUAUACAGCUGAAUCUAGUAUUUUUUUAUCAUACAAGGUUUAAAUAAAUUAACAAAAAUAAAAUAAUAAUAAACUCGCGCAAAUCAGAAAAAAUAAAAACCUAGACAUAGAAAUAUUUUUGAAUAAUAUUUAAAGCUCUUUCUUUAAAUGGCAAAAAGAAAGAGCCUUUACUUUACUUUAAGGUUUAUAGAUAGUUUGCUUCGAUGUGUUCUUACUCUCGUCCAGACUGUUAUGACAUCCCUUCAUAUAUUCUAUUAUGUAACUCGAUUUAAUUUAAAUAUUUUCUUUAAUUUUCGUUUCAAUUUUACUUUCACUAUUUUGUAAUGUUUUAAAUAAAUAAUAAAUAAAAUUUGAUUAAAAUAUUGACUUUUA